AUGCGCCCCAAACUCACCAAACGUGCCUGCGAUGAGUGUAUAUCUCGCAAAGUAAAAUGCAGCGGUUCCUGGCCCUGCCAGACCUGCCAGAACGCCGCGACCCGAGUGUCCUGCACAUACCUGAGACCCGCGCGGCGACGGGGCCCCAAAGUGCGACGGCGUGCCGGUGGGGGCCAGUCGGACCCGGAUACUCUCGUAUCGGUCUCGGUGCCCUCCAGCAUUACGAUUGGCAACGGUGCCGAGCUUCCUGCGGAGCCUCUUCAGACUGAGGAUGACCCGGAAACCGAAUAUGAGCACAGCCCGGAAAAUGGCUCUGGGUUGACGAGCGAUGAGUCCGAGAGAAUUCCCCAAUCGACGCUGAUCUUCGUGGUGCGUCGGUUUCAGCAGGCCUCGUAUAGCGUGUGGCCUGUCGUCAAUGCGGAGGCGCUUCUGCGGAGAAUCGAAUCCAGAGAGUAUGAUGUGAGCACGUACUGUCUGGCUACGGCGUUGUGUGCGGCGACGAUGGCUCAGCUGCAGCUUGGGCCCAUUGGGGAUGGGGAUGGUGUCGUGGAUUGUGCGGCCAUAGCGACGGAGUGUAUGAGGCUUCGUGAAGAGACGGGGUACAGAGAUCAUCCGGACUUGAGGAGUGUGUUUGUUUCGUUCUUCCUGCAUGUGUAUCAUGCGAAGGCCAACCGGCGUAACUCGGCAAUGAUGUUCAUACAAGAGGCGAUUUCUGGCGCGAGGCUGUUGAGACUAGAUUCCGAUGAUGCAGUGGGGCGGCGAUGGAGUUUACAGGACGAUGUUAUAAAGAAUGAUGAGGUUUUAUUUAUUCUAUUAGGCUAUGCUAUACACCUUGGUCUUGCGCCUUCCUACACCAAACCCAUUCUGGUGCCGGAUAUGCAACAUGCAACUGGCAACGUCCAUAUUCAAGGAUUGGUCGAAUUAGCCAGACUUUUCGCCACUUUUGAUGGAUUGUCGGUGCAGCGACGAGGCACCGGAAAGAUUGACCAAACUGCAAUCUCAGCCGAUAGUCUGGCCGAGACCGAAGCUGCGUUGUCUACGCUCUCGCUCAGCUGUCGCUACGAAGCGUCCUCGCGAGUCGCUGACCACUGCAUCACGAAGGAAUGGAUGCGGACUAUUGUCUGGCAGGAGGCACUGUCGAGGCAAUUGCUUUCCACCGUAUCAUAUGCCGAGCUGAUGACUUUCAAAUUCCCAGCGCUUGUCAGCCGCGAUCUUUUGUAUUCGCUGCGAGAGUUUACGGAAGCUGAUUUGCUUCCUUUGGGUCGUGAUCAGUUGUUGAAAUGCUUCGAGGUGGCAAACUCGCUGGCAGAUACCGUUCUAUUAACGUCUCCUUCACUACACCUGCUGUCCUUUCAGUUGAGACCCGAGGAUUAUCUACAUGCCCUAUAUCAGAAACUUCUUCCAUUUUUAGACCAAGACCCCAUGCUGAAAUCAAUUCUUCGUGCAAAGACUGCCGAAGCGUUGGUCCUGGCUCCUGCACGACUACCAGAGUUUAGUUGGCAGGAGGAUAUGUUACGAGAUGAAAACAUUCUUGAUGAUUGUUUGAACCCAAAUUUGGCUCAGCACUAA